AUGGUGGCACCGGAACCCCGCCGGCAAACAGCGUCCCGGCGCCCGAGCGGCACCAGCACUGCCGGCUGGGCGAGCCGCUCCGCGCAGCCCCUAGAUUCGCCGCCGCAGCCGCCGCCGCCGCGGGGAGGAGCGCACGGCGGGCGCGCGAGGGGGCGGAGGCGGGCGGGGCCCGGGCACACCCCUCGGACCCGCGCGAGGUCAGCGGUGCCCGACUCCGCCCCGGACCUUCCUCAGCCGGGACGGUCCCCCGGCUGCGCGCCGCAUCUCAAUCCCUGGCCGCUGCCGUGGGCGUCUGAAUGCGCUCCCCGCGUUGGAGAGACGCCUCCUCCGCGCAGACCCGCGGCCGCCCAGGAGCGCCUGGUCUCGGCGACCCGUGAAAAUCUCUGCGCUCACUUCUUCCCGAGCCUGACUCCAGCCUGCGCGCUCGCCGGCCGCCCAAGGGCACUUCCCCCGGCGGGGCGAGCCUGUGAGGUCAAGUUUCCACUCUCGUUUCCCGAUCCGUGUUGGAUUUCCCCUUUCGUCCGAGCCCGCGCGCAGGCCGGAGCCCCGCGGUCCCGCUUCUCAGGUGGACCGCCGCUCAGCGCCGGGGGCAGCGGCGCGUUGGCUCGGCGAGUGGGCGCGACGCAGGGACCGCCCGUUUCCAGCCCGCGCUGCGCUCGGCCCCUCCUCGCUACAGCUGGGCGCACCGGGCGGUGGGAGAGGCUGGUGCUUCUGCCUGGCUCGCGCUUCCUAGACCCCGGGGUCCGCGAAAGUUUGGGUUGGGUUGUGCUUUCCCUCCGCUGGCGCAUCCCUUGCGGUCCCCCACCGGGUCCUGUCACCCUCGUGUCCACUACGCUUUCCUUCCGGUCCCACCGCUACCAUCCAGCAUCCUGCCCGACCUCCCCGAGUGGCUCUGUCCUCCAGGGACGGCACUUCGAGGUGUUCAGUCCCGGAGCCUGGGCAGCAGAGCGCACGCCUCCCGCCCGGGGAUCGCGUGGACAUCGAUACACCACCACCCAGCUCGCGUUAGAGGAGACGCGCGGACCUCCGCCCGCCACACUUUCUCUCUUGGGAAGAACGAAAUCGACCGAGUUGUCUCUUUCGUGCUCAAUACCUGAACAGGCCCCUGGGGUGGGGACCCGAGAAGCAGGUUGA